UCUCGCGAGACCCACAGCUGCUUGGCCGGAGCGAUUUCUGCAAACGCUGUUAGAAGCUCGCAUUGGGGGUGUCUGCAGAACCUCCGCGGACCGUGGCUCGUCCUGCCGCGUUAUUGUCACUGCUCGGCCCUUGCCCGUUGAGUCCCUGCUGCGGGUCUUUGCCGUGUCGGUGAUGGGGAAGAUCGGGUUGCAGCUGAAAGCCACGUUAGAAAAUAUUACCAAUCUCAGACCGGUGGGGGAGGAUUUUCGGUGGUACCUGAAGAUGAAGUGUGGAAAUUGUGCCGAGGUCUCAGAAAAAUGGCAGUAUUUACGAUUAAUGGACAGUCAUCCUCUCAAAGGAGGCAGAGGGAGCGCUACAAUGGUACAGAAAUGCAAGCUGUGCUCCAGAGAAAACUCUAUAGACAUCUUAAGUCACACCAUAAGGCCUUACAACGCAGAAGAUGAUGAGACAUUUAAGACAAUAGUGGAGUUUGAAUGUCGUGGCCUUGAACCGGUGGACUUCCAACCACAGGCUGGGUUUGCUGCAGAAGGGGCAGAGUCUGGAACACCUUUUACUGACAUCAACUUAUUGGAAAAGGAUUGGAAUGACUACGAUGAAAAAUCAAAAGAAUCUGUCGGAAUAUAUGAAGUUACCCAUAGGUUUGUCAAAUGUUGAAACUUACUUGUCAUGACAUUACAUCAUCCCUGGUCAUAUUGUUUGAAUUGUAUUUGUUGAAUCAAGAAUAAAGUUCUAUAUGUUUACCAA